AUCAGACGCGCUGAGUCAGCAGGACUGCAGUUGUAAAUGAGCUGCGGGGAGUGGAGACCAGUGCCUGCAGCCCCCUGCCUCUCCCACAAGUGCCUGGAGUGUUGUGUGCAGAGCUGCUGAGCUCUGCUUCCCAAGGAGGAGACCAAAAGGAGCCAUGUGGCUGGAAAUUUUCCUCGCCUCAGUGCUGGGCUUUGUCAUCUACUGGUUCAUCUCCCAGGACAAGGAAGAAACUUUGCCCCUUGAAGAUGGGUGGUGGGGGCUGGGUACGAAACCUACAGCCAGGGAAGAUGAGAGCAUCCGCCCUUUCAAGGUAGAAACGUCGGAUGAGGAGAUCAAUGACUUACACCAGAGAAUUGAUAAGUUCCGUCUAACUCCACCUUUGGAGGACAGCCGCUUCCACUACGGUUUCAACACCAACUAUCUGAAGAAAAUCAUCUCCUACUGGCGGAACGAAUUUGACUGGAAGAAGCAGGUGGACAUUCUCAACAGAUACCCCCACUUCAAGACUAAGAUUGAAGGGCUGGACAUCCACUUCAUCCAUGUGAAGCCCCCCCAGCUGCCCUCCAGCUGCAGCCCGAAGCCCUUGCUGAUGGUACAUGGUUGGCCCGGCUCUUUCUACGAGUUCUAUAAGAUUAUCCCAUUCCUGACUGACCCCAAGAACCAUGGCCUGAGUGAUGAGCACAUUUUUGAAGUCAUCUGCCCUUCCAUUCCUGGCUACAGCUUCUCAGAGGCAUCCUCCAAGAAGGGGUUUGAUUCAGUGGCCACUGCCAGGAUCUUUUAUAAGCUGAUGCUGCGGCUGGGCUUCCAGGAAUUCUAUAUCCAAGGUGGUGACUGGGGCUCCCUGAUCUGCACCAACAUGGCCCAGCUGGUUCCCAGACAUGUGAAAGGCCUGCACUUGAACAUGGCUUUGAUCUUAAGAAAUUUCUUCACCCUGACCAUUCUCCUGGGACGGCGUUUUGGGGGACUUUUUGGCUACUCCAAGAGGGACAUGGAGCUAAUGUACCCCUUUAAGGAGAAGUUUUUCUACAACAUAAUGAGGGAGAGCGGCUACCUGCAUAUCCAGAGCACCAAGCCGGACACUGUGGGCUGUGCUCUGAAUGACUCUCCUGUGGGGCUGGCUGCCUAUAUUCUAGAGAAGUUUUCCACCUGGACCAAUUCGGAAUUCCGGAACCUAGAGGAUGGAGGCCUGGAAAGGAAGUACUCCCUGGAAGAUCUGCUGACAAAUGUCAUGCUCUACUGGACAACAGGUACCAUCGUCUCCUCCCAGCGCUUCUACAAGGAGAACAUGGGACAGGGCUUGAUGGCCCAAAAGCAUGAGCGCAUGAAAGUCCACGUGCCCACCGGCUUUGCUGCCUUCCCUUCUGAGUUAGUGCAUGUGCCUGAAAAGUGGCUGAAGUUCAAGUACCCGAAACUCAUCUCCUAUUCCUUCAUGGCCUGUGGGGGCCACUUUGCGGCCUUUGAGGAGCCAGAGCUGCUUGCCAAAGAUAUCCGCAAGUUUGCGUCAGUGCUGGAGCGGCAGUGAUUCCCAUCCCACCCCAGUGCCCACCCAGCUUUUCCUGGGGAAGGCACCCCUUUUCUGUGGAGUUUUCCCUCCUCCCUUGCCUGUAGUAGGAGCCCAGAUUCACCAGCUCCCCACACACAUACUCCCAUAGUAAGCAACAUGACUUUGAGAUAAAUGAUUUCAUUUCUAAGUACAGCUGGAA